GAGAAAUUUUUGUUUUCGUUUGGGCUUUGUUUUGGUUUGGUUCCUUGGUUUUGGUUUAGGAUUUUGAUUCAAAAUUAAAUAAAAGACAAAAUACUUAAAGAUGUCUUCAAAUGAUAAAGAAAAUGUCAAGAACCAAACAGAUACAGAAAGUGCUACAUCAAGCAGUGGUACGGGGAGCGAUUCCCCAAACAGGGUACCUGCUGAGACAAGUUCAGGCCUAAAUUUAGCAGCUUUACAAGAAUAUUUAACUGAAAAAUUGGGCUUUUUGGGCUUGGGCGAUGAAGAAGAAGCUGUUUCAAGUGGAAUAAAGGUACAUAACCUCAAUUUAAAUUGACCCUGAACUUGGCUGAGAUCACAAAAAUAAACAUUAGUAUUCUUAAUUUUUAUUAAUUUUUUUAAAUUAUCAAGGAGCUGUUAAAUGUAUUCAAUUCUAAACAGUAGGUGGUUACAAAACUUAAAACCAAAAACUGUCAUGGGGCUAGUAUGUAGUGUCAGAUACUUUCAGGCACUCGAAGAAACUACUUUAGAUGGUAUUGUGGAUUACAUUGACAAAAAGAAAUGCAAAAAUAUCAUAACUAUGGCAGGUGCAGGGAUAUCGACAUCUGCAGGAAUACCAGACUUUCGCUCGGUUGGCACUGGACUGUAUCACAACCUAGCAAAGUACAACCUACCACAUCCACAGGCCAUAUUUGAAUUGAAUUUCUUUCAAGAGAAUCCAAAACCAUUUUUCGUGCUUGCCAAGGAACUGUAUCCUGGAUCCUUCAAGCCUACAUUGUGUCACUAUUUUAUCAGAUUGCUUAACGAUAAGGGAAUGCUUUUACGGCAUUACACGCAAAAUAUUGAUACUUUGGAAAGAGUCGCUGAAGUUCCAGAACAGAAGUUAGUGGAAGCGCAUGGAACGUUUUAUACUGGACAUUGUUUGAGCUGUCGUAAACAGUAUGAGUUGGAAUGGAUGAAAGAGAGAAUUUUCAAAGAUGAAAUUCCAAUAUGUGAAACCUGUCCAGGAGUUGUUAAACCUGACAUUGUCUUCUUUGGCGAAAAUUUACCAGAUAAAUUUCACGACUCUGUCGAGGAUGACUUUGCUAAAUGCGACUUGUUAAUUAUUUUGGGAUCUUCUUUGGUGGUGAAUCCAUUUGCUGGCCUAAUUGAUUUGCCUUCUUCGAUGACCCCAAGACUAUUAAUCAACAACGAAAAAGUUGGACGGGCGAGUGGACUAAAGUCUAUGAUGGGACUCAGUGGGGGUUUAGAAUAUGACAAAAAAGGAAAUACUAGAGAUGUGGCUUGGAUUGGUGAUUGCGAUGAUGGAUGUCAGUUAUUGGCUGACAAACUAGGCUGGGGAGAUGAACUGAAAGCUUUAGUUAAGGCUGAACACGAAAAAAUUGACAGAAUAAAUAAAAAGGAAGCAGCUCCACAAAAAAAGAAAGCUCAAAAGUCUUAGAUGCUUCAAUUUUUCUGUUUCAGUGUGAUAAGGGUGAUAGCAUUAAUAUUACUAUGCUUUGAUAGAAGAAUAAUAAUAAUUAACCAUAUUAUUUUUUAUUUAUUUUUCAUUUCUUUAUAAGUAUAUAUUUUUUUAUUUUAGAUGUUUUUAUUGAACUUGAUUUUGAUUUUUGUUAAGAAGAAAAAUUGUUUGAUAGAGACUUGUUGUUAAAAUAUUAAAUACAUGAUGUUUUUCUCUGACACAA